CAACACGACCGCACCGCUCUGCAUCACCCUCCCAAUAGCAACACUCAACUAGGACCCGCAUUCCAACUCCACACUCCAGCAAUGACGCCUACGGAACGAUCAAAGACGCAGACGAACCUGAGCGCAAGCUCGAAAUUGGAUGCGAACAAAUUCAGUAGUCUAUUGCUUCACAACCCCGUGUUCUCCCGCCGUAGCGUGGGUAGCAACGGCUCGAGCAAGUCUUCGCCAAAAAAGUCGCUUGCAGAUCUGAAUCCCACCAACCCACUUGCCAGCAUCGUCCACCAAGCAGACCGAAACGGCAGACAACAGCCUGUACUUACUGGAAGUCGUCGCAUUAGCUGCGAGGGAGCUGCUGCGAAUGGAGGACAAGGAAGCUUCCGUAACCUUUUGACAAACUUCAUGUCGGCACUUGGAGUCAGUGAACAGCAGCACCAAACAGUGAGGUCGUCACCUACGAAGAAGAAACUUGCCAGUGCUUUGGGCACCACUAUUGAGCUUCGGAAAAGCGUCCUGCCUCCUGUUUCUCCUGACGACGCGGCUAAGAAGUGUUUGGUGCUUGAUCUCGACGAAACACUGGUACACUCGUCGUUUCGACCGACUUCCAACCCGGAUUUGAUUAUUCCUGUCAACAUUGACGGCACCAUCCACCAAGUGUACGUUUGCAGGAGACCUGGAUGCGAGGAGAUCCUCAUCGAAAUGGCUAAAUUCUACGAGAUCGUCGUGUACACGGCCAGCCUCAGCAAGUACGCGGACCCACUUCUUGACAAACUGGACCCGGAAGGCGUCAUUCGCCACCGACUCUAUCGCGAGCACUGCGUCCAGUACGAGGGUAGCUACGUGAAGGAUUUGUCGCUUCUGGAUCGUGAUAUUUCACAGACGAUCAUCAUCGACAACGCGCCGAUGUCGUACAUUUUCCACCCGCGCAACGCCAUUGGCUGCUCCAGUUUUAUUGACGACCCGAGUGAUCGUGAGCUUGAAUCGAUUUCUCGUUUCCUCACAAAGAUUCGUGAUGUGGAAGACGUGCGUAACCACCUGCACAUGUGGGAUGCCGGCUACUGAGUCAGUGGCCCUCCCGCAGCUAACCUACUUUUCGUUAGCGAGGUGCCGCUCGGAAUGUAACUACUUCGAAGUAAGACAACAGAUACCAUAAAAACUUGUAAAAUAUUUUUAUAAUUUAACGUUAGUAAACUAAAAA